GUUGUGCUGGUGGUUGUGCGGGCAAUUGUGCUGAUGGUUGUGCUAGUGGUGGUUGUACUGGUGGUGGUUGUGCGAGUGGUUGUGCGGGUGCUUGUGUUGGUGGUUGUGCGGGUGGUUGUGCUGGUGGUUGCGCUGGUGGUGGUUCUGCUUGAUGUUGUGCGGGUGGUUGUGCUGGUGGUUGUGCUUGAGGUUGUGCUGAUAAUUGUGCUGGUGGUUGUGCUGGGAGUUGUGCUGGUGGCUGUGAUGGUGAUUGUGCUUGAGGUUGUGCUUGAGGUUGUGCUGGUGGUUGUGCUGGUGAUUGUGCUUGAGGUUGUGCGGGUGGUUGUGCUGGUGGUUGUGCUGGUGGUUGUGCUGGUGGUUGUGCUGGUGGUUGUGCUGGUGUCUGUGCGGGUGGUUGUACUGGUUGUUGUGCUGGUGGUUGUGCUUGAGGUUGUGCUGGUAGUUGUGCUGUUGGUUGUGCUGGUGGUUGUGCGGGUGGUCGUGCUGGUGGUUGUGCUGGUGUCUGUGCUGGUGGUUGUGCUGGUGGUUGUGAUGGUGGUUGUGCUGGUGGUUGUGCUUGACGUUGUGCUGGUGGUUGUACUGGUAAUGGGUAGGCUGGAGGUGGUUGUGCUUGAGGUUGUGCUGGUCGUUGUGCGGGUGGCUGUGCUUAAGGUUGUGCUGGUAGUUGUGCUGGUGGUUCUGCUUGAGGUUGUGCUGGUGGUUGUGCUGGAUGUUGUGCUGGUGGUUAUGCUGGUGGUUGUGCUGGUGGUUGUGCGGGUGGUCGUGCAGGUGGUUUUGCUGGUUGUUGUGAUGGUGGUUGUGCUGGUGGUUGUGCUGGUGGUUGUGCUGAUGGUUGUGCUUGAGGUUGUGCUGAUAAUUGUGCUGGUGGUUGUGCUGGUGGCUGUGCUCGUGGUCAUGCUGGUGGUUUUGCUGGUGGUUGUGCGGGUGGUUGUGUUGGUGAUUGUACUGGUGGUUGUGCUGGUGGUCGUGCUUGUGGUUGUAAUGGUAUUUGUGCUGGACGUUGUGUUGGUGAUUGUGCUGGUGGUGUUGCUGGUGGUUAUGCUUGUGGUUGUGCUUGAGGUUGUGCUGUUUGUUGUUCGGGUGGUUGUGCUGAUUUUUGUUAUAGUAGUUGUGCUGGUGGUUGUGCUGGUGGCUGUGCUGUUGGUUGUGCUUCAUGUUGUACUGGUGGUCGUGCUGGUGGUUGUGCUGGUAGUUGUGCUGGUGGCUGUGAUGGUGGUUGUGCGGGUGGUUGUGCUGGUGGUUGUGCUGGUGGUUGUGCUGGUGUUUGUGCUGGAGGCUGUGCGGGUGGUUGUGCUGGUGACUGUUAUGGUGGUUGUGCUGGUGGCUGUGCUGGUGGCUGUGUUGGUGGCUGUGCUGGUGGUUGUGCGGGUGGUUGUGCUGGUGGUUGUGCUGGUGGCUGUGCUGUUGGUUGUGCUUCAUGUUGUACUGGUGGUCGUGCUGGUGGUUGUGCUGGUAGUUGUGCUGGUGGCUGUGAUGGUGGUUGUGCGGGUGGUUGUGCUGGUGGUUGUGCUGGUGGUUGUGCUGGUGUUUGUGCUGGAGGCUGUGCGGGUGGUUGUGCUGGUGACUGUUAUGGUGGUUGUGCUGGUGGCUGUGCUGGUGGCUGUGUUGGUGGUUGUGCUGGUGGUUGUGCGGGUGGUUGUGCGGGUGGUUGUGCUGGUGGUUGUGCUGGUGGUUGUGCUGAUGGUUGUGCUGGUGGUUGUGCUGGUAGUUGUGCGGGUAGUAAUGCUGGUGGUUGUGCUGGUGGUUGUGCUAGUGGUUGUGCUUGACGUUGUGCUGGUGGUUGUGCUGGUGGUUGUGCGGGUGGUUGUGCUGGUGGUUGUGCUGGUGGUUGUGCUUGAGGUUCUGCGGGUGGUUUUGCUGGUGGUUCUGCGGGUGGUUGUGCUGGUGGUUGUGCUGGUGGUUGUGCUGAUGGUUGUGCGGGUGGUUGUGCUGGUGGUUGUGCGGGUGGUUGUGCUGGUGGUUGUGCUGGUGGUUUUGCUGGUGGUUCUUCUGGUGGUUGCGGUGGUGGUUGUGUUGGUGGUUGUGCUGGAGGUUCCGCGGGUGGCUGUGAUAGUGGUUGUGCUGCUGGUUCUGAUUGAGGUUGUGCUGGUGGUUGUGAUGGUGGUUGUGCUGGUGGUUGCUCGGGUGGUUGUGCCGGUGGUUGUGCUGGUGAUUGUGCGGGUGGUUGUGCUGGUGGUUGUGCUGAGGGUUGUGCUGGUGAUCGUGCUGGUGGUUGUGCUUGUGGUUGUGCUGGUCGUUGUGCUUGAGGUCGUGCUGGUGGUUGUGCUGGUGGUUGUGCUGGUGGUUGUGCUG